CAGUGCCCAGCAGUACCACCCACUGGUGCCGCCCACCUGUGCCCAGCAGUACCACCCACAAGUGCCGAGCAGUGCCACCCACCUGUGCCCAGCAGUGCCACCCACCUGUGCCCAUCAGUGCCUAGUAAUGCCACCCACUUGUGCCCAGUAGUGCCACCCACCAGUACCCAGCAGUGCCCCCCAUCAAUGCCACUCAUAAGUGCUGCCCAUCAGUGGCACCCAUCAGUGCCCAGCAGUGCCACCAUAAGUGCCGCCUAUCAGUGCCCAUCAUUGUUGCAUAUCAGUGCAGCAUCAUCAGUGCCAGCUCAUCAGUGUCUCCUAUCAGUGCCCAUCAGUGCCACCUGUCAGUGCUGCCUAUCAGUG